GGGCGGGGGGGCCGGACGGGACGGUGACGGUCCCCGGCGCGGCGGGCCCGGCGCGGCCGCUGGCGGAGCAUGAGGGAGCCAUGAGCCCGCUGCGGGGGUGGCUGCUGGCCGCGCUGCUCUCGCUCGCCCCGCGGGCAGGUCCUGCCACGCAGGCCGGAGCGCUGCCGCGGAGGCUCCCGCGGGCCGCAUGGCAGGAAGGGCGGGUGCUCUCCCAAAUCACCCACCCCAGCAGGCUGGUGGGGCAGAGCUCGGGCGGAGAAGUCCCAAAGCAUCAGUUGGACACCAGGGUCAGGCAUGAGCCCGGAGGAGGAGGAGGAGGAGGCGGAGGACCUGGGCUGCACCUGGCACAGGUGAGCUUCAUGGUGCGUGCCUUCGGCUCAGCCUUCACCCUCGAUCUCCGCCUGAACCACCACCUCCUCGCCUCCCACUACGUGGAGCGGCACGUCGGCGCGGGCAGCAACGGCAGCCACAGCACGGGCGCGGGGGAGCACUGCUACUACCAGGGCCGGAUCCGGGGGCAGCCCCGCUCCUUCGCCGCUCUAUCCAGCUGCCAGGGUCUGCGCGGGGUCUUCUCGGACGGCCGAGCCACGUACCUGAUCGAGCCCCAGGCGGGCGCCGAGAGCGGGCAGGGUCUUCGACCGCACAUCGUGCAGCGCAUCCCCAGCUGCCCCCGACUGGGCUGCCUCUUCCCUGCGCUGAGUCAGCGUGUCCCGGGUGGGAUUCCAAAGCUGCGGCGGCGGCGGCAGGUCCGCCGAGCCCAGCACACGGUGCACAGCGAGACCAAGUACAUCGAGCUGGCCGUGGUGAACGACCAUCAUCUGUUCCUGCAGCUCCGCAAGUCCGUGGUUCUCACCAGCAACUUCGCCAAGUCCGUGGUCAACCUGGCUGACAUGAUCUACAAGGAGCAGCUCAACACCCGCAUCGUGCUGGUGGCCAUGGAGACGUGGGCGGCCGAGGACCGGAUCCGGAUGGGGCAAGACUCCCUGGAGACCCUGAACGAGUUUGUGAAGUACCGGCGGGAGGGGCUGGCAGAGCACAGCGACACCGUCCACCUCUUCUCGGGUCGGACGUUUCAGAGCAGCCGCAGCGGCACCGCCUUUGUCGGGGGCAUCUGCUCCCCUGCCCGCGCCGGCGGCGUCAACGAGUACGGCAACGUGGCGGCCAUGGCGGUGACACUGGCACAGACCCUGGGGCAGAACGUGGGCAUGAUGUGGAACAAGCACCGCACGGCUGCAGGGGACUGCCGCUGUCCGGACUCGUGGCUGGGCUGUAUCAUGGAGGACACAGGGUACUACCUCCCGCGGAAGUUCUCCCGCUGCAGCAUCGAUGAGUACAACCAGUUCCUGCAGGACGGCGGCGGCAGCUGCCUCUUCAACAAGCCCCUGAAGCUCCUGGACCCCCCGGAGUGCGGCAAUGGCUUCGUGGAGGCGGGCGAGGAGUGCGACUGCGGCUCGCUGGCGGAGUGUGCGAGGAGCGGGGGAAACUGCUGCAAGAAAUGCACCCUGACCCACGACGCCAUGUGCAGCGAUGGGCUCUGCUGCAAGGGCUGCAAGUAUGAGCCACGUGGAGUGUCCUGCCGGGAGGCUGUGAACGAGUGUGACAUCCCCGAGACCUGCACCGGGGACUCCAGCCAGUGUCCCCCCAACCUCCACAAGCUGGAUGGAUACUUCUGUGAGAACGAGCAGGGACGAUGCUACGGCGGGCGCUGCAAAACCCGGGACCGUCAGUGCAACGCGCUGUGGGGCCGCAGCUCGGCCGAGCGCUUCUGCUACGAGAAGCUGAACGUGGAGGGGACGGAGCGAGGGAACUGCGGGCGCGAGGGCCUGGGCUGGCUGCAGUGCAACAAGCAGGACGUCCUCUGCGGCUUCCUCCUGUGCGCCAACAUCUCGGGCUCGCCGCGGCUGGGGGAGCUCAGCGGGGAGAUCGCCACCACCACCUUCUACCACCAGAACCGCUACGUGGACUGCAGGGGCGGCCACGUGCAGCUGGUGGAUGGCUCGGACCUGAGCUACGUGGAGGACGGGACGCCCUGCGGGCCCGGAAUGCUCUGUCUCGACCGCAAAUGCCUUCCAGCCACCGCCUUUAACUUCAGCUCCUGCCCCGGCAGCUGGGACGGGAAGAUCUGCUUCGACCACGGGGUGUGCAGCAACGAGGGGAAGUGCAUCUGCCGAGCGGAGUGGACGGGCAAGGACUGCAGCGUCUACGACCCCAUCCCGGAGCCGAAGCCGACGGGGGAGAUGGAGCGAUACAAGGGUCCCAGUGGCACCAAUAUCAUUAUCGGCUCCAUCGCGGGGGCCGUGCUGGUGGCUGCCAUCGUCCUAGGGGGGACAGGCUGGGGAUUUAAGAACAUCCGCCGAGGAAGGUACGACCCGGCGCAGCAGGGAGUGUAACCGUGUCCCCCCCAUCGUCUCGUCACCGUCCCUGGUCCCUGUCACCGUCACCGUCACCGUCCGGCAGCCUGACGGCGUGGGAGCCCCCGGGCCCGUCUGUCCGUGUGCUGUGUGUCCGGCCGUGCUGUCUCCAUCUCUGUGCCCCCACGGCUGGAGGGGAGCAGCGCUGGGGGGGCCUGGCAGCAGCCCCC